AUGAAGACAUUUACCGGUGUUCUAUAUCCUAGCUAUAAAGAGGCAUGUUUUGCACUUGGGUUUCUAGAUAAUGAUGAAGAGUAUAUCAUAGCCUCUUCUCACGGCUCUUGGGUGUGGAAGCAAAUGCUAAAGAUGCGUGAUCAAGCUAAGGAUUUCGUCAAAAUAAAAGUACACAAUGGUCGGUCCACUUCUUUUUUGUUUGAUCGAUGGAACAAUAUGGGAACCUUAGCCUUGCUCACAGGAGAUCCUGGAAGGAUUGAUCUGGGAAUCAGUGCUCAGGCUACGGUUGAACAAGCCAUAACUAUACAUCGAAGAAGGAGACAUCGAACCACAAUUUACAACAGGAUUGAAGAUGAGCUUGAUCUUGUUCGACAAGACUAUAAUGAGAAUGAAGAAGACGUGGUCUUAUGGCGCAUGAAGCAAGAGGUUUAUAAACCAAAGUUUGUUACCAAACAUACUUGGGAACAGAGAAGAUCGAUCAAGCCUAAAGUGUCUUGGGCGCAGGGUAUAUGGUUCAGUCGUAAUACUCCUAAGUUUGCUUUCAAUGCAUGGGUGACGGUUCUCGACAGACAACCUACCGGUGCCAGAAUGCAAAGCUAG